AUGGUUGUUUGGGUCCAACAGCUGGCAGUGAUGGCACUGCUUUCCCUGGCUGAUGCUCACCUGCUGAAGCCGGCGCGCGCCCCUCUGGUUCUGCACAAACCUUUCAUGGUUGUUUGGAAUGCGCCCACUGAGCAGUGCAGGCUGCGCUACAAGGUGGACCUGGAUCUCGGUGUUUUCGACAUUGCAUCCAACAUCAAUGAGACUCUGAGUGGAUCCAAUGUGACAAUCUUCUAUCACACUCAUUUGGGAUACUACCCCUACUACUCAGAUAAUGGAGAUCCCGUUAAUGGAGGGGUGCCCCAGAAUGAAAGCCUUAUCAAACACCUUAGCAAAGCAAAGUCUGACAUUGACUAUUGCAUACCCAUGAAGAAAUUUCAGGGACUUGCAGUCAUUGACUGGGAAAACUGGAGGCCCCAGUGGGAUAGGAACUGGGGCAAUAAAAGCAUUUAUAGAAAUAAAUCUCUUGAGAUUGUUAGGAGACGGCAUCCUCAGUGGUCAGAGGACAGAAUUCGGAAAGUGGCUAAAGAGGAAUUUGAAAAUGCUGGCAGGAGCUUUAUGAAUAACACCAUCCUUCUGGCAGAGCAUAUGAGACCAAAUGGUUUGUGGGGUUAUUAUCUUUACCCAGACUGCUACAAUUACGAUUACAAAGAGCACCCCCAAACAUACACAGGGAAAUGCCCACCCAUCGAGUCUUUCCGCAAUGACCUCCUGCUUUGGCUGUGGAAGGAAAGCACUGCUCUCUUCCCUUCAAUAUAUCUGGAUUACAUACUGAAGUCAAGCCCAAACGCACUAAAAUUUGUUCACUAUCGGGUUAAAGAGGCAAUGCGUGUUGCCUCAAUUGCUAGAAAAGACUAUGUUCUGCCUGUGUUUGUUUACUCCAGACCAUUUUAUGCCUAUACUUUUCAUGUUUUAACAGAGAGAGAUCUGGUCAAUACCAUCGGGGAAAGCGCAGCUUUGGGAGCAGCUGGAGUUGUUCUCUGGGGAAGUAUGCAAUAUGCCAGCUCAAAGGAAAGCUGCCUAACCGUGAAGCGCUACAUUGACGGACCUUUGGGACAUUACGUCAUUAACGUGACCUCAGCAGCCAAGCUCUGCAGCAAAGUCCUGUGCAAGAAGAAUGGAAGAUGUAUCCGCAAAAACAGUGACUCUUCUGCUUACCUCCAUUUGUCACCCACAGAUUUUAAGAUCCAAGGCUCAGAGAGGGGCCCCAGGUUCCAGGUGACAGGUGAACCCAGCCUGGAGAGCAUUGAAGCCAUGAAGCAGAGAUUUAUUUGUCAGUGUUACCAGGGCUGGACAGGAAUAUUUUGUGAACUGCCUGACCAAAGGCUGUUGGAGCACUGGGUUCAUGUAGUGUUUAGUAGAUCAAGAAAACAAAGCCUUUUUAUCUUCCUCUUAGGAGCCAUGCAGCUUCUUCUACUUUGUUCUAGACAUUAAGGUCUUCCUAAAGCAGUGCAAGGGAAUAAAAAUGGUGCCUCUAAGAGUUCUGUUUCUUAAAAGGGAAAAGGCAUUCUUGAUUAAAUAAUUUUAUUCUGUUAUAGUAAUUUUCCACUUCUGGAAUUCUUUAGACAUUAAAAAUUUUUAAAGCAUUUUUUUACCAACUCCUUUACUCCUACCUUGUGUUUCACUCAUGUGUCCAACAGACAAAGAUUCUGUUGUUGCAGUGGAAGGCUUACCUGAGGAAAAAAGUUGAAUUAACUUGUACAAAGAUUCAACCAUGCAGAAGUUUAAAAAGAACACAGAACUUCUUUGUUUUGGGGCUGGGUGAUUUAACGUGAUGAGGAGGGUCUUGUGGACCAGGGAUUGGGAAUUGUUCUCUGCAGCUCUUGCUGAAAUCAAGUGGUACAUUGUGUGAGUAGCUGCACUGUGCCCAGAGCCAUAUCCAUUGAUUCUACUGCUUCUGCAGAAACAAUGUGAAGAAUGUAGAGCUAUACAUCACACACACUUUAAAAAAAUUAUAUUUCAGUAUUCCAAGGCCUAAUUUGAUUCAUGUUACUUCUAGAGGUAUCAGUAUUUCCAGUACUAGUCUUCUGCCAUCAGUUUCAAAGAUAGUGUCUGAUUGAACAUCUCUGCAAUUACUUUUAGGUGGGGGGAUUCUGAGCUCUGAGAGCAGUGCUGGCAGCUGGCACCCAGCAGCACUUCUGCCUGGGCAGGAAAUAGGGAAGUGCUUCUUUGCUCACCCCAACCUCUUGGGAAGGAGGCAUUCCUGCUGCCUUUGGAGCUGCUGCAGGUCUUUGCUUUCUGCUGGCUGGUCAGUGAGUGGGAAAUGAGAACAGGCUGACAGAUCCUACUGUCAGUGUGUGUUUCCCUCAGCAGGCCAGGAGAAAAUGAGGAACUCUAUUCAUUGAAAUAUUUUGGCUUGCAGCCUUUAGCUUCAGAUGGGGACCUCUCUGAAGGUGGUAUAGCUUAAUGAACUACUGAUUGCUGGUUAAUUUAGCAUCCAUAACACGCUGUUCUGUCAGGCUGUGACAUGUCCAUUUGCAGUUAUUCAUUGAUUCACAUUCAUGCGUGAACAAAUAUGUUCCAUAAACGACCUAUCUGUCUUCCACAAAGCUUUCCAAUGUAACAGACAAUGGAUGGCUUCACUGAAUUAAAGACAAGCCCAAGAAAUAUCCUAUACCACUCUGACUUACUAAAUUAAUUUUAUUUGAGGUGUUUGUAUGAUGUGUUGGAUUGAAUAUUGCUCCAGAUCAUGGGCACAGACAUUAGUAAGAAACCCACAUAUGGGUCUAAGCCUUUUUUUUUUGCCCUUGGUAAUGUCUGUAUUGAUCAUCUGUGGCCUGACCACAUUGCUCACAUUACACAGAACCCUAUUCCUGUGGCAGUUUGAUUAAAAUCAGCAAGGCUAUAUGGAGAAGAUACUCAACAGCGUAAGGAGGUCUGAAUCUGGCUCUUAUCCAGGCCCCCUUCUUGUGACUUUAAAUACUUGUUACUUUAAAUAUUAACAUGUCUGUAUGAACUACAAUCUGCUAUUUUCUCUAUAAUUUCCUUAUUUCUGAACAUUUCUUCAUGGUAACCCCACAUAACAAAAACUAUCUUUGCUUUGCCCAGACCAGAUUCACAGCUGAAAGGUGAUGCUCAGAUUCAUUCAGAUUCACUUGAACCAAAGAUCCAGCUUGUUACAGACCUGCAGUGGAUUUUUAGGCUGUCUUUAACCUAGACACUGAAAUUGAACGGACUUCAGUUAGGUAGAGACUGAGCCACUUGGGGCCUAUAGUGAGUCAUUGUAGUGUGAUGUGCUGAGAAGCUCACAGAGAGCUUUGCCACUGACCUUUCGCUUUGUAAUGUGUAACAGCAACAGGUGACAGCAAAAGUAAAGGUAAAAAACUUCCUUAUUUUGGUGGGGGAGAGGAAGGAUUAAAAUUGAAGUUUAGAAAAACUGACAGCUAUUAAGAGCUAGACCUUUAAAUUCAAGUUAUUGUGUUUCCCUUAUAAAAUAUUUAUAACUAUAUCUAUAGCUGUAUCUAUAUUCUGCUUUAGCUUCUUUAUUCAGUUCAGAUUUUGUUAAACUUCUAGGGAACUUACACCUACUUUAGUGUCUUGAGAGCAUAGAAACUAAGCUCGGUUUUGCUAAAUACCUGUCACCAAUGUUGACAGAGCUGAAGUGAAAAUGUUGUAAUGCUUAUGCACUGUGCCAGUGAAAUGUGCUUAUAAAAUGUUCUGUGUCACUUCAUAAUGUGGUUUCAU